CAGAUGGAUACGGGUGCUGACUUCUUCAGCACAAUCGGUGCUGCGCCCGAACUCGAAGUGCCUCAUCAUAACUACGGUCUUGAUUCAAGUGUCGCUGCUACCAUUGGGUCUGGUCCUUCGAGUGUAGCAAAUAAGAACCUGAAGAACACGUUCAAGAUCUACCCCUCUGACGAGAGUGAGACGGAUGGGCUGGUGACGAAAGCACUGGUGCUUGGCGACUUCGAGUCUGCUGUUUCGUUGUGUCUUUCUGCCGAACGCUACGCGGACGCUAUCCUACUCGCGAUCAAGGGUGGCGAAGAUCUUCUUCAACGCACCCAGAAGGCUUACUUCGAACGGCGUACCACCUCAUAUCCCUAUCUUCGUUUAUUCCAGAGCAUCGUCACCAAUGAUCUCUCGGACAUCGUACAGAAUGCCGACCUGCGAGAAUGGCAGGAGAUAUUUGUGGUGCUGUGCACCUUUGCGAGCCAGGAGGAGUUUUCGAACCUUGCGGAGCAACUUGGGAGUAGGCUGGAAUUCCAGAGCAGUCUGAUGCGU